CGGGAGCCGAGCGGAGCCAUGCAUGGCGCGACCGUGCUGCCGCCUGGUGCCGGCCGCGGCGGCAGCAGCCGUCUACGCUCUGGUGGCAUACAUUGUGGCCUUCACCAUUGAGCUGUGGUGGAUUCUGGAUGCUGAAGUUCGCCUACCUGCACCAGCAUAUCUUCUGUGUGCAGCUUACCUCCUGUCUUUCAUCCUAGCUGCUGUACUGCUCCAUGGUCUGACAGCAAAACGUUCUCCAUUAUUGCUGGUAUGGCUUUUUACUGCAGUAAUUUUGGCGCUUCCUGAGGCUGGACUUGUUUUGUUUCUCAGUCUCUAUUUCUGGCAGCUGACGUCAUUGAAUGGAAUGACAGAACUGGUCUUCUGGAUCUGUCGCCUAAUUUGCAAUGUGGGUGAAGUUGGCUGUGUUAGAGCCCUCUAUCGAUGCUGGCGUGAAGAGAAGCACCUUCUCCGAACACUUCAGCAGUUACAUACUGCUUCGAGUCAAGGGAUACAAAAUGCUGCAUUUAUGGGUUCAGGUUCACUUGCGCCAUCUCCAAGGGCACCACACAGGGCAGUGGUCCCAGUGAGACAAGCUGUUCCUCUGCACCUUCCCCUAGGCUCAGGCAGUGAAUUUAACGCCUCCACUUUUCAUACAGCUCUGCAAAGACAUUGGGCUGUGAACCCCACUCAGGUGCUACCUCAAAGGCCACCACGGCUAACACGGACUAGAUCAAUGGUGGAUAUAAGGACUUGGCAAGGGUCAGCCAGCAAUGGCCUUGUGAGAUCACAUUCACUUUUAGACCUGCGGAACAUAGAACUUGCUUCAAACCGACAGUGGCAUCCACGAAUGGGUCCCGGUGUCAUGCAUGGUAGCAGGCCGUCACUGGCAGAUUCUAUAGAUGGUGCACAUCGACUACGUGAUGUGGCACUUUGACUGAUUAUAUUCCAUUUCGAUAUGUGAAUUUAUGCAGAACUACAUGAAAUAUUUAUGAUGACAGAAUGAAAAGCAAUUACAUUAAUGUACCUUUUCUGGUGCUACAGGCUGACAAACAUUUCAGAUAAUGAUUUUUGUACUUGUCUAAAUGUACAAAAUUUAAAGAUGAUAAUAGUUCUAUAUCAAGAACUGGUUAAAGAAAUUAAGAUCCCAAGGAAGGAUGUCUUAAUUAUCUAUUAGACAUAGGCAGCAUCACCACAGAAUUCAUAAUAUUCUCUCUCUCUCUCUCUCUCUCUCUCUCUCUCUCUCUCUCACACACACACACACACACACACACACACACACAUAUACACAGGAGGAUGAGGAAGAUGAUGUUAGGAGGAAACGAUGCAAUUUUUCUUCUCUUGUGUUGGUAUUCAAAUCUAAGGUGCACACAUAAUAAAUAAUUAGAGGCACCAUGGUUUACUAGUCUUGUCCGCCAUAUAUACUGAGUAAAUAAACGUCUCUGGAUUUUAAUUUUUUAUUCAUUUGUGUUGCCUGUCGCACCAGAGAACAAGAAUGUCACAUCUGCCAAUGACAAUAAAUUCUAUUAUUGUAUGUUGUGAAUCUUGUUACUAUGAUUUUGCUUAGAAAUCUUUGUAAUAUAUUAAGUCAGUAACGCUUAGGGAAAAAAAUCUUGCAUCUCUGAAUAAGGAUUAAUUAUGGUAUUAUCCCUAAACUAGUCUGUAUCUCAUCAGAGAAUGUUAAAUUUAAUUUUGUACUACCAGGGUUGCCACAAGUUCUGAGAAUCAGGGAAUUUAUGAUAUAUUAGAGAAAUCAUGGAAAUAUUAGAGAAAUUUGAAAAAAAAA